UUGAAGAAAACAAAGAAGAAAUUGAAGAAAACAAAGAAGAAAUUGAAGAAAACAAAGAAGAAAUUGAAGAAAACAAAGAAGAAAUUGAAGAAAACAAAGAAACAGUUGAAGAAAACAAAGAAACAGUUGAAGAAAACAAAGAAGAAAUUGAAGACAACAAAGAAGAAAUUGAAGAAAACAAAGAAGAAAUUGAAGACAACAAAGAAGAAAUUGAAGAAAACAAAGAAGAAAUUGAAGACAACAAAGAAGAAAUUGAAGAAAACAAAGAAGAAAUUGAAGAAAACAAAGAAGAAAUUGAAGAAAACAAAAGAAAUUGAAGAAAACAAAGAAGAAAUCGAAGAAAACAAAGAAGAAAUUGAAGAAAACAAAGAAGAAAUUGAAGAAAACAAAGAAGAAAUUGAAGAAAACAAAGAAGAAAUUGAAGAAAACAAAGAAGAAAUUGAAGAAAACAAAGAAGAAAUUGAAGAAAACAAAGAAGAAAUUGAAGAAAACAAAGAAGAAAUUGAAGAAAACAAAGAAGAAAUUGAAGAAAACAAAGAAAGAAAUUAG